AUGCAAGUCUCCUCAAUCAGUAUAGCAGCUAAGGUUCCUCUUCGGGUGAAGUCACUGCACACAAACCCAGCAACCAUUAACGACCCUUCUUCCACGGCUACGGUGGCUGCUCCUAAGUGGGCUCAAAAGACUAUAACUUUGCCUCCCCUUAAACGUGGUUGUCAUCACGUAACUUCAAAGAUAGUGAAAGAAGUUGGGCAAGAAUUGUCUGGAUUCAAGUGUGGUCUGGCUCAUCUCUUCUUGCAUCACACAAGUGCUUCUCUCACCAUCAAUGAAAAUUAUGACUAUGAUGUUCGGGAUGAUACAGAAACAUUCCUCAAUCGUUUAGUUCCAGAGGGGCCAUCUGCACCAUGGAAGCACACUCUGGAGGGACCAGAUGACAUGCCAGCACAUAUUAAAUCAUCAAUGUUUGGUUGUGCACUCACGAUACCGAUCACAAAUGGAAAGCUUAAUAUGGGGACAUGGCAGGGUAUAUGGCUUUGUGAACAUAGGGAUUAUCCUACAUCGCGAACGAUUGUCGUUACUCUCAAUGGAAUAUGA